GGGGCGGGACUGGGGGCGUGGCCGGCUGCCGGGGCUCCGGGAGACCCAGUGAAUUAGCACUCGCUGGCCUGCGGCAGCCCGAGUCCCUUACCCAAAGGGUCGGAGGCUGCAGGGCCAGAGCUGCGAUGGAGUCCAGGUGGGACUUGCUGAACGCGCUGGGGGCCCUCACGGCCGCCUGGCUGCUGCUGCGGGGCACUUGGGGAGUGGCCCGCGCAGUGUACGUGUACCUGCUGCCCCAGGUCCGCCGGGGCAAUUCUUGGCUCCGGGCGCAGGGAGCCUGGGCAGUGGUGACAGGAGCCACCAGCGGUAUUGGGAAGGCCUACGCGCAUGAGCUGGCCAGGAGGGGGCUGAACGUCGUCCUCAUUAGUCGAAGCCUCGGCAAGUUGGAGCAGGAGGCCAGGGAGAUCGAGCGGCUUCACGGCAGGUCCACGCGCGUCAUCCAGGCCGAUUUCACCGGGGGCUUGGAGAUCUACGGUGCCAUCGAGGCAGGACUGCGGGGCCUGGAGAUCGGAGUUCUGGUGAACAAUGUGGGCAUGACGUACGGCGGCGGCCCCGUGAGCUGGCAGAAGCUGCUGGACUGCGAGGACGUGGGCCAGAGCGUAUCCGAUAUUAUCAACUGCAACACGAUGUCGGUGGCGCAGAUGGUCCGGAUCGUCCUGCCCCAGAUGGUCAGCAGGGGCAAAGGUGUCAUCAUCAACGUGUCUUCCGUGGCCGGCUAUAGGAGCGCCCCAUUUUAUGCGUUAUACACAGCCACUAAGGCUUUUGUGCAACUCUUCUCGGAGUCGGUGUGUGCAGAGUACUUCUCUCAGGGUGUCACCAUCCAGACGGUGAGCCCCAUGUUUGUCUCCACAAACAUGAUCCACAACGCGCCAAGCGGGCUGUUCGUGAAGGAUGCGAACGAGUUCGUCCGCGAGGCGCUGGACACGCUGGGCCUCUCCUCCCACGUCUCGGGCUGCUUCAGCCACGCGGUGCAGAGCACGCUGCUGCCUUUCGUCCUGCCCAAGUGGUUGACCCACAGCCGCUGGGCGGUCCACCUGAUAUCUGCAGGAAACAAGGCCAGGCUGUUCCCUUUCCCUCUCCGGACGACUUGAUGAAGAUGCCGUCCAGAGGGUCUCACGUCGGAAUAACAGACGAGCAGGCCGGUGGGACCCCGGACGUUGGGUGAUGAAAGCGGCCUCUCUCUGCUCCAGCAGAAAGAUGGAGUUUUAAUCUGAUCUGUGAACAGCUAGACAGCCACGUGGUGACAGACUGUAGUGGUCACACACUUAGUGCAUAUACUUAUGUGGAUAUCUCAAUAAAUAUAAAAUUUUUUUUUCCGGUACCGGGAA